CGCACCACCGCUCGCUCGCCCGCCCAUCCGCGCCAAACGCCACGCGCUCCUCGCCUCCUCCCCCCUGCUGCUCCGUCUCCGUCCUCCGCUUGGCAUUGGCUUCUCCGAUCAGCGCCUGCGGCUUGCCUCCCCAUCGAAACCUAGAAUCACAUGGUGCUGUCUCACCCGGUGGAUCGGCGGGAGGUGCGGCGCGCAUAGGUUGGUGGCGAACGGCGAGAGGCGCGCGCGUAGCAGGCAACCAUGGAGACGACGCGCCUGCUCGUCGGAGCGGCGAUGCGAGCCCCACCGCCUCCUCCGCCAACUCCUCAAUUCCGGCGGCGUCGCCUCACGCAUCCGCGCGGCGGCGCACAUUGCCUCCCCUUCGCCCGCGCUGCUCGAACCACGCUUCUCACCCGGUGCUCCUACUCCAGGAAGGGGAACAGUAAUUCUCGCGGCAAGCCCCGUCGCGAGAGCUCCAGUACCGUACGUCUGGAAGUCGAAGAGAGCAGUGAUCAGGGAAAAAAUUCGACUAAUGACCAACGUAAGGGUGACAUUCGGGAGCUCUUCAGCCAGGCGCAACGGAAUAUCCUCUACCUUAACAAGCAGCGGCUUCUGGCCAUGGAGGAGCUGAAGAAACUGCAAGAUGAAAAUGAGUUGCUUCUUCAGGAAAUAGAAGUACUAGAAAUGGAAGUGCAAGGUAUUCCUCUAGAAGCAAUACAAUCAUCAAGAUUCUGCGAGUUACUCCUGCGAAUAGAUACAAUGGUCAUCUCUGGAAUGAUCAACAUGCAGGAAGCAUCUGAUUUAAGAGAGAAAGUUGUCAAUAAUAGAAGCAUAAUAGAAAGCACCUUUUCUGAUAUUAAUCAUAAGGCAAAUACUGAACUGCUGUCCGAACUGCGACUCUUUCUGCAUAAACCAAUAGAGAAACCUCUUCAUGUUGUGCACAUCUGCAGUGAACUAGACCCAAUAGCAUCAUGUGGAUCAUUGUCGACUUAUGUUGCCGGUGUAUCUUCUGCGGUUCAAGGAAAGGGUAACUUGGUGGAGGUGAUACUGCCCAAGUACACCAGCAUAAACACGGAUGGAAUUCACGGUCUGAGGAAAGCUGAGGCAGAAUAUGAAUCUUAUUUUGGUGGUAUUUGGCAUAAAAACAGAAUAUGGACUGGUAUGUCAAGUGGUGUUGGUCUUAUACUCAUAGAACCAAUCCAGCUCUCCUAUUUCAAUCGUGAUAUGUUACGUGGCUACCCUGAUGACUUUGAGCGGUUUUCCUAUUUUUCCCGUGCGUCAUUGGACUAUAUUGUAAAAUCUGGGAAGCAGCCAGACAUUUUACACAUACAUAACUGGGAAACUGCUAUAGUGGCACCGCUUUUCUGGGAUAUAUUUGCUCACCAGGGGCUUGAGAACACUCGAAUAUUACUGACAUGCCAAGACUUGGAUUCCCAAUGUCUAGAGGAGCCAAAUAAGUUGGAGAUGUGUGGGCUUGAUCCUCGUAAGCUUCAUCGUGCUGAUCGUCUGCAGGAUCCAAAUGAGACACAUCUUGUUAAUGUUCUUAAGGGAGGAAUUGUUUACUCAAAUAAAGUAAUUUUAAUGUCCUCAAUCCAUUCGAGAGAUGUUCUUACACGGGGUUUGAGACAUGGGUUGGAAACAACAUUAACUGUGCAUAAGGAGAAGAUAUUGGUUGCUUCUCAUGGAUUGGAUGGUGAACUUUGGGAUCCAUCCAAAGACAUUUAUCUUCCUCGGCGGUAUUCUGCCAAUGAUAUUGAGGGGAAGUCCAUUUGCAGAGAAGCACUUAAGCGACGACUUGGUUUCCACAGUGGUUCAUCCAUUAUAGUAGGAUGUAUCUGCGAUGGUUAUUCAGAUAUUCAUAAUCUCAAGGAAGCAGUUCAUGUUGCCCUGCGCAGAAGUGCUCAGGUCAUCUUCAUGGAAAAGUUAGGAUCUGUCGCGAACUCAACCAUCCGGGCAUUAAAGGAAGAGUUUAUUAAUCUGGAUGACAGCAUAGCAUUCAUUGAGGAAUACGAUGAGACACUUGCACAUUUAGUAUAUGCAGGCUCUGAUAUCAUUCUUUGCUCUUCCUUUGAAGAUCCAUCGCUUCAAAUUGCGAUGAAGGCAAUAAAGUAUGGAUGUGCACCAAUGCAAAUAAACUUUCCCAAUGACAAAUCCAGGCAAUCUGAGGGGAAUGAUUGCCGCAACAGAGUAAUGUCCAAGUAUAUCAUCUCAACCUAUGGAGAGUUGUCUCUUCUUCAAGCACUCGACAGUUUUAAGAAUGACCCUUCCCUUUGGGAUCAGCGGAUAAAAGAUGGGAUGGUUAAGGGUUUAGCAUGGAACGCUGAGUGCUAUGACCUUCACUGGGAGGCCUAUUCCUUUGUAAGGAAGCUGUGAAUUGGCCAUCCGGCAAGAAAGCACUAGAGGCACCAGAACUCCAAAUAAAAGCCCCAGGUAGAGCCAGAAGCACAUGAACACUGACAGGAACACUCCGACGCUGACACCUGAACAUCGCGUACUCAUCAGUAUCCCGACAAGAAAUUGAAAAGGGUCACCAAGCAUGUUCCGCUUGUAGCGUUGGCUCACAGGGUGAUGAUUCGUGUUGUACAAAAAAAGGAUGAUGAUUUGUGUACCUGUAACCACUUUGAGAGCUAGCGUGAAC